AUGUUGUUCAACCUCAGCAUCUGUUGGGAGGGGACACGGCCGGGCGCCAUCCCUGUCCCUGCAGCGUCCGAGCCCCGGCUCUGCCCACCCCCAGACAACGUCCCGUGCCACUUCGUGGCCGCCUUCGGCGCCGGGUUCUGUGCCACGGUGGUGGCGUCGCCGGUGGACGUGGUGAAGACGCGGUGCAUGAACGCCAGCCCCGGGCAGUCCCGCAAUGCCCUGAGCUGCCUGCUGGCCCUGCUCAUGCAGGGCGGCCCCGCCGGCCUCUACAAGGGGUGAGUUCACUCCUGCGGACCGGCCGCGGCACAGAGCCCCAAACACCCCGACCCGCGGGCAGGAUUUGGGGGAUCCCCGCUCUGGGGAUGUCCCCGCACGUCGCGAGCCUCGCCGGGCGGCCCGUGGCUCCUGGAACGUGGUGAUGUUCGUGUCCUACGAGCGGCUGCAGCGCCUGAUGGUGCUGGCACGGCCGGCGCUGGCCUGAGCCCCCGGCGCCCCGGGCCGCCCGGCGAGGCUCACAUCGAUUACAUUAAUCGCAUCCAUUCUGUUCAUUGCCGGGGAGCAGCGGAGCCAGGGGCCCGGGGAGGGACGCGAGGAGGAGGAGGAUGCUCAUAA